AUGCCGCCUACCCAAUUGCCAGAGUCGGGCAACCCGCUCGUCUUCUUUGACAUGACGCUGGGAGGCGAACCCCUCGGCCGCAUCACCUUUGAGCUCUUCAAAGACGUCGUUCCCAAAACCGCAGAGAAUUUUCGCCAAUUCUGCACCGGCGAAUCUAAAGACUCUGGAGGCCGUCCCCAGGGGUACAAGGGAUCCAAAUUCCACAGAAUCAUUCCCAACUUCAUGUGCCAAGGCGGAGAUUUCUUGAAAGGCGAUGGAACUGGAUCUACCUGUAUCUGGGGCUACAAGUCGUUCGAUGACGAGAACUUCAACCUGAAGCACGAACAGCCCGGCCUCCUGUCAAUGGCGAAUGCUGGUCCCAACUCCAACGGCUCCCAAUUCUUCAUCACCACAGUUCCUACACCCUUCCUAGACGGCAAGCACGUCGUCUUCGGAAAGGUUGUUGACGGCAUGGAUGUUGUGAAGAAGAUGGAGGCUACGAAGACGGGUUACCGAGGAAAGGAUGUGCCAAAUAUGGAUGUUACCAUCGCUCAGUGUGGUGAGAUGUAG